UGUCAUUCUCCGUUUCGCCUCGAGCUGUGGAUCUACAAUGGUGGCCAACUCGCAACCGGAGGCCGCUGCGGUGUCUGCGACCAACGCGACUAAUACCACUGCAGGCGCUACAGUCACUUCGCCGCAGAAGCGUGACGUGUAUCUUACAGGCUUCGGCAAGUUCGGCGACAUCCUCGAGAAUCCGACGACGUUCCUGUCCACGAAAUUGGCGGAGCACCCCAAAGUGACCGAGUCCCAUGUGCUCGAAGUCUCCAAAGAGAGCUGCGAGGAGGAGCUCGCGAAGAUGUACGCAAGGGCGGAGGAUCGUGGUCGGCCCUGCAUCUUCCUGCACUUUGGUGUGAGUGCCAUCUCGCGCUCGCUCAAGCUGGAGCAGGUGGGCUACAACGUGGCGGACUUCCGGAUUCCGGACGAGCGGGGCUACGUCGCGAAGGACGAGGUUAUCCACAAAGGCGAGCCGGACGAAAUCACUACGAAGCUACCACUGGAAGACAUGUUGAAGACGCUGCAAGACGUGCACCCGCGAGUCGAUAUGUCAACCGAUCCGGGUCGCUACAUCUGCAACUACGUGUACUACCGGUCGCUCGUCUGGGUCAAGCGCCAAGAGGCCAAUGGGCACCCGGAGCACCUCGCUCUAUUCGUGCACGUGCCGGAGUUCCGGAACGUGGCGUUCGAGGAUCAGGUCGCACUCGCCUCCAAGAUCGUAGACCUCGUGGCCGACCUGUAAAAAACCACGGAUACUCCAGCGUACUGCAUGUCCAUUCGUAGCAUCUCACGCAUAAAUGCAUGACAGUUUUGUCCCCGUGGUCAAUUCAUUGGGCUUGCCAUCGUGAAACGUUUUGAUUGACUUGAAGCCGGAGAUUUGAGUGCUGCACUCAACUUACGUCUUCCA